GAGGGAAGAGGCGGCCGUAACGGAUUGCUGUGAGAGCGGGAGGGUCCCGGGAGCCCCCUCCUCCCGGAGGCAGGGUGGGGAUGGCGGCGUUUUCUUCCGACAUGGACUCGCAGGCCCCUCGCGAAGGCCUCUGAGCCGCCUCCAUCCCGCCGCCUCUUCGCCUCAGGUCGGGAGAGGCUUCCCGCCGCGCUAGGCCGCGGUCGGCCGGUGGAAAGAGGGAGGGGCCGGGCGAACAUGGCCAGUCCUGCCAAGUGGGAGCGUCUGAGGCCGCUGCGGCCCGACACGCUGCUUGUGAGUGAGUUCAGUAGGUUUCGUCUGUGUUUGAGAAAAACAGACUGCAGUUACGUAUUCGAGUUUUCUCUGAACAUCAGUGGUGCUCAGCCACCAAUGAUCAACCUGAAUGUGGACAGUGGUGUAAAGUUUGUGAAAAGAACUCUGAAAGUCAGAAAGCCUCGAUUUGAUGCAUCCUUGGUGUAUUUGACCCGAAAAUUCAUGGAUCUUGUCAAAACAGCCCCAGAUGGCGUCCUUGAUUUAAAUGAAGUAGCAACAACACUUGGAGUACGGAAACGAAGAGUGUAUGAUAUCACCAAUGUGUUGGAUGGAAUCCACUUAAUUCAGAAAAGAUCUAAGAAUCUUAUCCAGUGGGUAGGUUCUAAUCUUGACCAAGUUGUUGGAAAAGCACCAGAGCAAGAAAAUCUUAAAGAUGAAAUUUCUGACUUGUCAGCCAUGGAAGAAGCUCUGGAUGAAUUAAUCAAGGACUGUGCUCAUCAGUUGUUUGAACUAACAGAUGACAAAGAAAAUGCAAAACUAGCUUAUGUGACAUAUCAAGAUAUCCGUAGUAUUCAGGCGUUUCAAGAACAGAUUGUGAUUGCAAUCAAAGCUCCAGAGGAAACCAAGCUGGAAAUACCAAUUCCUAAAGAAGAUUGCAUAAAGGUACAUGUGAAGAGCACAAAAGGACCCAUCGAUGUGUAUCUAUGUGAAGUGGAACAACAGAAGUCAGGUGCCAAAACUUCUGAAGAUACAGACACCAUCAGUCUGGAAACUGAGCCCUCAGUCCCUUCUGAUCAAGUGAGAUCUCCGGGGGAAGUAAAAAAAACCAAACCACCUGAGAUGACAGAAUAAUUACAACUCAAAAAUGUAAUACAGAAUGUAAAUAUCUGUGUUAUAGAGCUCUUCCAAAGCUGCUUGGAGCUGCAAACUUAGUAACCUGAAAUGUUCCAAAGUGUUUUAAAUUUAAAACAGCAGUGGGUUGGGUGAGUGCUUUCACAGGAUUGAUUAUCUUCCUGAGUCAAAAGAUGACAGUUCCUAGAGAUGCUUUUAGAAGCUUUGUUUUCAUAACUGCAUGUUAUCUACAGAGCUUUGGUAAAAUUGAAUUUUUAGCUUAUAAAGUAACGUUAAUUGAUGGAAAACAUGGGCAAUCAAUUGCUUCUAAAAAUGAAGAUUUUAAAGCUGUUUCCCAAACCUUAUGAGAAUGUAUAUAAUACAAAAAUGCACUUUUCAGUUUUGAGGCUGCACUACUACUCAGCAGGAUGGUCAGAUGUGAGUGUAACAAAGAAUUGGUGGAUAGGAAGCCUUCACUGUAGGGAACAAGAUGUAAAUAUCUUGAGAGUUAUGCCUGACAUGGUGUAGAUGCUGUUUGCAUUGUUUGCAUCUGGCUCUGCAGGAACUAUGGUGUCAACACUGAAGUUAAAUAAUUGGACUUUUUGUAUAUAUAUCUAUAUCUUGUCUGGGUAGUUAUGAUGUAGAUUUGUUGAGAUGGUUUGCAUUUCUGCCUUUGUACAGCAAAAAAAUAAAAUAAGCUUACAAAAAUAUUAAGUAGUCUAAUUGGUCAGUCUAAUGAAACAUGUUGCGUUGUCUUUGCUGGAAUUCACUGGGUAACUACAAACACUGAAAUUGAUGUGAAAAUUUAGAAUCUGUUACACGUGGUGAGGCCAUAAUACCAGAGCAAUUUUCAGAAGAGACGUUAUUAUCAGUUACAAAUUAGUCCCUUCCAGCUUCUAGGGUUUAUGUGAGGCAUAGCUUCAGCCUGGCAUCGUGAUAUUGUAGUGGCUUUAGUUUGCAAAAGUACAUGAAAUACUUUUGAACUACAUCUGUAUUUAUCCAUCCAUAGUAUCUGUAAAAUGAAGCUUCAGAAUUUCGAUCCUAGGUUUUCCAAGGCAACUAACUGUCGCCACACAAAUGCUAUACUUGGGCUCGUUUCACUCCAGUGCCAAAAGGUGUACUUUGUGCACUUCACAUCCAGGGAGGGAUGGGUUGCUUAGUUGGUUUGUGAGUCAGAACUCCAAGUCCUCAUUUUCCCAGUGAUACUGUAUCAACAGUCCAUCUACUCAAAAAUGAGAAAAGAGCCAGUAAAUCCCUCAAUGUUUUAACCAUCUACAGCUGUUUUAGACACAUAUUGUGAAGUAAAAUGCCUCGUGUUAUGCUAAUACCAAUAAGAUAGAGCAGUUAAUGCUGAAAAGUUUAAAUAUACUUAAGUACAGGUGGAGAGAUAAUCCAUUUUUUUACAAGGUUGAUUUCUCCCUACAAUGGUUCAGCAGCUUGGGACAACAUUUGGUGUGAAACAUGUAAAAAGAAAAAAAAUCCAGCACCAGCAAGUAACCUGGAAUGCUGUGUGAUAGGGUGGGAUUUUGUCCUGUGAUGACAAUGUUCUGAACGGUGAGGUAAGGCAGUAUGCUAUUACGAAAUAGCCAUCUUAGAAAUGUUAAGGAAGUCUGUCUUCAAAAGCAAAACAUACUUUAUUUAAUUGAAACAUUAGGAUUUUUCUUUUUGAACAAAUCCCUAGUGAUUCUGUUUUUCCUCCCUCCUUUGUGCAGAUUUUCUAUCUGUAGAGUUCAUUUUCAACUUCAAGCUACACAACUCUCACAGUGAAAUGGGAGAAGCUGUAACAUAACAGAUACACUACAGUUAUUUUCCUAAAUACAUUUAUUGUU